AUGCCUGCCAGAGUGAUCGAUGUCCCGCUUCUCAGCAAUCGCCUUGCCUCCACCGCCCUGCGCGCAUUACAGGUUGACGCGGAGCUGUCUCCUUUGGUGCGGCGAAAAUUCACCGUGGUUGCAGCGGACGAGGUCAACGGCGAUGUUGGCGAGGAGCAGAAGAAUGGCGCGGAGGGUUCUCACAGGACGAUCCUUCGCACCGAGUACAGUGCCACCACCAACCGCAUGCUUCGAGUCGCCGUCAAUGGCUUCAUGGAAUCGCUCGGGGUCGUCCUUCAGGUGAUGCAGGAAUUAGAUGUGGAUGUGCUUGAGUCAAGACCAUGA